CGCCGUCGUCGUCGCCGUCGUCGUCGCCGUCGUCGUCGUCGUUGCCGUCGUCGCCGCCGCUGUUGUCGCCGCCGUCGUCGUCGUCGUCGCCGCCGCCGUCGUCGCCUUCGUCGACGUCGUUGUCGUCGUCGUCGCCGUCGUCGUCGUCGUCGUCGUCGUCGUCGUUGUCGUCGUCCUCGCUGUCGUCGCCGCCGCCGCCGCCGUGGUCGGCCUCCCUCCCUGCAGAGGUUCGCUACGACCGCGCGCGCUUCGACUUCGCGGCGCUCCUGGCCCGGCUCCUCGAGCUGCCCGCCGCCGCGGCGCGGGGGCCCUCCGAGGAGCUGUCGCAGAUGCACAGGCGGCCGCUGACGGGGAAGCCCCUCUUCCCGGGGCUGGGCAAGGCCUACACUCUGGGCGGCUUCAGCGUGCCCAGCGAGUGGCGGGACUACGGGAGCAGGGAGACUCUGAGGCUGGAGGCCUCGGAUACCUGGCAGGAGUUCAUGCGCCUCUACCGCACGUUCGUCAAGGAGGUGUGCGCCCCCCUUUGCGGCGCGGAGCGCCUUGUCUUCCAGUGCCCCCCGACGAUGCGCAUCGCCCUGCCGGGCUGCCCGGCCACCAUCCAGGCCCACUGCGACUCGGAGUACCCGGCGCACUGGCACGGCGAGGUCAACUUUUGGCUGCCCGUCACGCCCGUGUUCGGGACGAACUCCUUGUGGCUCGAGUCGGAGCCGGAAAAGGGCGACUUCCACCCGGCGGAGCUCGGCUUCGGCGAGGUGCUCUGCUUCAACGGCUUCCAGUGUCGCCACUACACCUGCAAGAACGAGACGGACUCCACGAGGGUCUCAUUCGACUGGCGUGCCAUUCCCGAGGACAUCCUCCGCCUCGUCCUGGCUUGCGAGUCCACGUUUCCCUUUCAUUCGGGCACGGCCCCUCUCCCCCGCUGACGCUGGGCUCCAAGACACGUAGAAACUGGAUCGCGCGCGAUGCGCGCGCCAUGGGCUGAUUACUAUAGAGGACGUGUGCCAUGUGCUCGGUUCGGACAUGCUAACCUCACGUAAGCACAGUCUGGGCACGACAGGGGGCAUUCGUGAAGGAAUGUGCCCCGGAGGCUCCAGACCUUGGGGGCGUCCUUAGCCGAUGAGGGCGGUG